AUGCCCCUUCAAAAUCUUUUCGGAUUCUUUAGACAAAUUCUACCUGAAGUUAAUCGAUCAAAUGACAAAUUAAAACUUUUAGGACCAAAAGAAGAAGUCAAGGAAGUACAAAUAGAAUUUUAUCGAUUGAAAAGUGUUAAAGCUGAAGAAGCACGCAUUGCAUCUUAUGCUCGAGUUGCCGUCUGGUUAUUCGAAAUAGAAAAUAAUACUUUUGAAAAAUAUUCAUUGAAAUUAAAUGCAUUGUUUGAAACGGCACUCGAGCAUAACAACGAAGUGUUUGCAGGAGUUGUAUAUGGAGUUGGUGUAUAUUUUUCAACCGAUGCUUCAUACAGUCACGGGUACACCUCUGUGAGUCCAACGACUCAUCGACGUUGUAUGUUUUUGGCAAAAGUACUUGUUGGUAAAGCUGCACCAGGCAACAGCAAAAUGAGAACUCCACCAGCUGGUUAUGAUUCGACAACAGAUAACAAUCAUAUCUUUGUGACUUAUCAUGAUGAUCAAGCAUAUGCUGCAUAUCUCAUCACAUACAAAAGUCCUGGUAAUUGA